CAGUGAUCCCGCCCCCUCCUCGCCCUCAGUGAAUCUGGGAGAGUUUUAGCCGAGAGGAGCUAAUGCCUCUACGGGUGGAUUUAUGUGGGUUAUCGUAAAAUUUGAACAGACUGGAGGAACAUAAUUAAGAUAAGAAGAAUUUUUGGUGUUUUUACGGGUGGAUUUUCAUCAGCCCAAACACUUCCAACCUGUCUUCGACUCUCGGGAGAGUUUAGUUUGUCUGGUCGAUCGUAAUGUGGCUCAGGGGCUAAUCCUUGGACUUCAUUCAAUACCAAUUCAUCUCGAAGCGCUUCGUUUGGGCGAGCCGAACUCAUUUAACAACCACUCACGAGAAUGACAGAAUACAAGCUGGUAGUUGUCGGGGCUGGUGGCGUUGGCAAAAGCGCACUGACCAUCCAGCUCAUACAGAAUCACUUUGUAGACGAGUAUGACCCCACUAUUGAGCAGGAUUCUUAUAGAAAGCAAGUUGUGAUUGAUGGAGAGACGUGUUUGCUGGACAUCCUAGACACCGCAGGUCAGGAGGAGUACAGUGCCAUGAGAGAUCAGUAUAUGAGGACAGGAGAGGGCUUUCUGUGUGUGUUUGCCAUCAACAACGCCAAGUCCUUUGAGGACGUACAUCUUUACAGGGAGCAAAUAAACCGUGUCAAAGACAGCGACAAUGUCCCGAUGGUGCUGGUGGGGAACAAAAGUGACCUGACCUCUCGUACUGUAGAGACACUUCAAGCCCAAGAGCUCGCCAGAAGUUACGGGGUCCCAUAUGUCGAAACAUCUGCCAAGACGCGACAGGGUGUUGAGGACGCGUUUUACUCUCUCGUGCGGGUGAUCCGAAGAUACAAGGAGACGAACCGCAGUAAUAAGAAGAGCAAAAAGCACACACAGAGACGCUGCAUUCUUUUAUAGCGCUACACGCGUACAGCCUCGCACUGCACCCCCGUGAUAGCAAUGCACUCAAGGUCACACACACACUCACUCACUCACACACACACACACACACACACUACUGUAGCAUUACACAUACAUACACACCCCAUUUCCUUUUCUUACCACUCUCUUACGCCACCAGCCUUUGAGGAAUAGGAACGUGACUGGCUGUUGUAUGUGUUUGUAUGUAUGUGCGCAUGAGACCUCAAUGAGAAUCGAGCAACUGUGGAAUUGCUUUGGGAAAGACAUAUUUUCAUAUUCGUCUAGUCUCAAGUGGACUCGACAACUUUGAGCUGCUGCUUCCCCUUCUGUGCUAAAACGACCUGAUGCGUGUCAUAGUUUUACAGUCGUAUUUAGAGUCACAGCAGCAAGGAAUCUUGUUUAUAACAAAUUAAAGAAGUGGUGACGGGAUAUACUUUAAGUUGGUAAUGGUUAGCUCUUUUUAGGUAAGCCUGAUCAUGUCUCAUCUCUUCAAAACUUUGUGAGCCAGUCAGCACAUCCGUGUGGUUCUGUUAACGGUGGUCGGGAAUGAGGAAGCUCAGAAGUCCCCUAAAGUUUUUGUGGCCUUUGAGAAAGCACCACUAAUAUAAUGUUUUGUACACCCUAAGAAGUGUUUCCAUCUCAUGCAUUGUGGGAUUUAUUCAGAAAAUAUUUUUAGUACUUGCUAAAAAUGUAUUUCACCAUCAAAUGUUUUUCUUUGUACAAAAUUUACAUUUGAUCAAUUUCUCCCCAGGUUACUAUUGUUGUCAUGGCUUGGACUAAAAUUUAGCUGUCCUACACCUAAUGUAGCCCUUCUAUAAUUAUGAAAUUCAGAAAGAAAAUCAAGCUUGCUUUUUUUAAUUUUUCCCAGCAGUAUUUUAUGGUAAAAUCCUGUAUUUUUGUAACUGUUAAUAUUGAACCAUUUCAGUACACAUACCAGCAUUGUAUUGGACAUUAACAUUUCAUGUAUAAUGAUGAAUUGUGUAAUAUGCCAGUGAUGAGGCUUGGUUGGGAGGAUGAGACUUUCUUUUUUUUUUUUU